CGGCCUUGUAAAUUCACGCACCUAACCAAACUACACCGGCACCCUAGUCACACGCUCACUGGUCCCGUCCACUCUCAUCUCACCAUGUUGCCUGAUAAAGCAUCGUGACCCCCAUCCGCUUGCCCCGCUCACUCAGGCACUUAAUCGAGACAUUUCUUUUUUGUCAUUAAACACCCAGAAAGAGAUAUAUACACCGGAACGGGAGCCACUAACCAGCGUCUAGACACUCUCGACCCAUCCCUAUCACCAGUGUAUCACGCAACAAAAAAAUCAACCAGCUUAUAGUAUUACAGUCGUGACAUUGCCGGCAAACAACAGUCACUUCUACUCACCCUUAUUCACUCUUUCACCUUCCCGCUCGGAAACCAAGGAAUAAAAACACCAACACCAACACCAACACCAACAACUAUUCCAACCUACUCUCAUCCACCAUGUUCAGCACAAUCACCACCUUCGCCCUCCUCACCACAACCCUCGCCGCUCCAACCAACAACCCCACACACCACACUUCAGACCUCCAAUGCCGCUGCCUCACCUUCUCCAUCAGCGCCGCACCCACCCACUGCCCCUACCAAGAACUCCUCACUCUAGACUGGGACGCCGCCCUCUCCCUCGCCACCGCAAACGACCUCAAACUCCAGUUCGCCAGCGACGCCACCAUCUCUAAAGUCCUGGCUAUCCCGACGCCGUUGGACCCGAGUAUCCUGGAUACGGUCCAGCAGGGCAAGACGCUCCCGCUGGAUCCGUCCAAGCAGGUGCGGAGUGAGAAUCGCAUGAUUUGCGGGUUUGAAGACGAUGUGGAGAGGGUAGAGCGGUGCGAGGAAGGGAUGAGGAUGAUGAGUGCCGAGGUGCAUUAUGUGGGGACAGUGGUGGGAUUGUUCAUGGCAUUCUUUGUGUGCUAUCUUGUUGCUGAGUAUCUCUGGGCUGUGUGCUUUGCGAGGACACGAGGCAUUCGACUCGAAGGAGAAGAGAAGGCGUUGACGGUCGAGUCUGAUGGCUUGAUGCCGGAUCAGAGGUGAAGAGGGGAGUUGUUGUUUGGAUGGGACAGAUGAAGAAGCCUUGCUCUGGAGAAGCGUUUGAGGAAAAAAAGGUUACGACGAUAUGACUUCAACACACUACACGCACUCAGCCCUUGGUCUCCGGUUCGAUAUGGAACACGAAGACCCAAGAUACUACCACUCUACCCGUCUCCCGCCCGUCCGCCCGCCCGUCCGCCCGCCACACAGCUCUUUAGCGUCACGUGGGACACUAUCGACUCGUCUUCCCUUACACCUCCGGGGUAUUGGGUGUCCGGUCGUCCUGCAUACUACCACCGACCUUUUCUUUACUAGACGUAAGGAGGGAGGGACAACCAUUUCUAUGCACCGGUGGAGAAACGGGAAUACAGUUAGGGUUGGGAUUGGGUAUAGGGAUACCAUAAGGCGUACUAGCCUAGCAGGGUUGCGUAUGAGAUUUCAUCAUGUACGAUAAAGUGAGAUACAAUAUACCAAGUUCUUUUGUAC